CGUGCCGCUGUUUGGCGCUUUUGUGCGCGCCCGGGUCUGUUGGUGCUCGGAGUGUGGCCGGGCGGCUCGGACCGAGCAGGGUUUUCUCCACCGUGUGGAUUGUCUAGAGUACACUGCCAGUCUCUUGUCUUCUACUCACCAUGGCUUCUUCUGAUAUCCAGGUGAAAGAACUAGAAAAGCGUGCCUCAGGGCAAGCAUUUGAGCUGAUACUUAGUCCUCGUUCAAAAGAAGCAGUUCCAGAAUUCCCUCUUUCCCCUCCAAAGAAGAAAGAUCUUUCCUUGGAAGAAAUUCAGAAGAAACUAGAAGCUGCAGAAGAAAGACGCAAGUCUCAUGAAGCUGAAGUCUUGAAGCAGCUAGCUGAGAAGCGGGAACAUGAGAAGGAGGUGCUUCAGAAAGCAAUUGAAGAAAACAACAACUUCAGUAAAAUGGCGGAAGAAAAACUGACCCACAAAAUGGAAGCUAACAAAGAGAACCGAGAGGCACAAAUGGCUGCUAAGCUGGAACGUUUGCGGGAGAAGGAUAAGCACAUGGAGGAGGUGCGGAAGAACAGAGAGUCCAAAGACCCCGCUGACGAGAACGGAGCUGACUAGCUGGCCAAGAGCUGGCUUCUCCCCCUCCCGAGCAUCCAAAGACUGAACUGGCCAGUGUCGCUUUUAUUUUAUUCCUCCUGACAAAUAUUCUAGAAACUGAUGUAGAGCUGCAUAGAUAGAUCCAAACCGUACAGAUGUUGUUUUGGGGGCAAAGGGGGAGAAACUACAAGUGUUUUGCUCUUUUUCUAAAGUGUUGAAGUCUUUCUAACGUAGCUAUUUUUCUUGUUGCAUCUUUUCUAUUCCAGUAUGCUCGGUGCUGGGUUAAUGGCUAGUACUGUAUUGGCUCUGUGAAAACAUGUUUGUGAAAGGAAUCUGUAGUAUGCUUCUUUCCAACUGUUAGAUGCUGAAUAUAUCUGUCUGUUCACUUUUGAAACCUGACCUUUGUCCCGGUCUUUCCAGAUACUACUGUACUUGAAUGGUUAAUAAAACUGCACAGUGCUGUUA